AUGGGGUUCAGGUAUCCAUUUAUUACGUCAACCGAGUUCUCCGAGACCCGGUACACCCGAGCUGAGAAGCAUGUGUUAGGGUUAGUCCACGCGACCCGUAGACUAAAGCCUUACUUCCUAACUUACCCUGUAAGUCUGCGGACUAACCAACUAGUUAGGCAGAUUCUGUCACGCCCCGAGGCGUCCGGACGACUCACCAAGUGGGCUAUUGAACUAGGGGAGUACGACAUAACCUACGAGUCCCGGACUGCUAUCAAGGCCCAGGCAUUGGCAGACUUCUUGGCCAAGCUCACCUUUCCUGUGAGCCAAAACGUCAUUUUGGCUGAGACUGAACCUCAAAAGUGGAUCUUAUAUGUGGAUGGAUCCUCCACUAAUGAUGGUAGUGGAGCCGACUUGCUCCUCAAGGACCCUCACGGAAAGACGUGCUCCUACGCACUUCGGUCUGAUUUUGCCGCAUCAAACAAUGAAUCUGAGUAUGAAGCGCACAUCGCGGGAUUGCAGUUGGUUCGAAAACUUGGUGCCAACCAGAUCUCAGUUUACAGUGACUCCCAACUCGUGGUGUGCCAGAUAUCCCAAUCAAAGAAUAGGCGAGCUGAUGCCUUAUCAAAACUCGCCUCCACUGCGUUUUCUACUCCCAACAAAUCGAUUCACAUGGAGGUUCUGUCUGAACCAGGGUACCUCGAGGAGAAGGCUGAAGCCAAGAAAAUUCAGCGCAAAACGGCUAGAUACGCGCUCCGAUGUGGCAAUCUGUACAAACGUUCCUAUUUCGACCCGUGGCUGCGAUGUGUCACAGUCGAAGAGGGUGAAACAUCCUCCGGGAGAUUCAUGAAAGACUAUGCGGGCCGCAUGUCGGCCAUCAUUCGCCUUAUUACUUGGCUAUUUUUGGCUGACCAUUCCGCAAGACGCCCAGGCAUUGGUUCUGAGUUGUCCCUCAUGUCAGCACCACGCACCCGAACAUCAUUAGUCAACCAACUUCAUGAUUCCUAUCAUCUCGCCAUGGCCUUUCGACAGUGGGGGACAAAUAUCAUUAGACCCUUCCCGAGGGCCAUAAGUGGCUACACUUAUGUCGUGGUGGCGAUGGAAUAUUUCACGAAAUGGGUUGAACUCGAGACUUUAAGAAGCAUCACGAGCCAAGCCAUCCAGAAGUUCUUCUGGAAGCACAUCGUCUGUCGCUUCGGAUUACUUCGAAUCGUCAUCUCUGAUAAUGGAAAAUAA